AUGGGUUUUAUAGCAGAAGGAAAUACUUUAGCAUGGGAAGAUUCAGUUAAAUAUCUUGAAUAUAUUAGAGAACAUGGUGUAAUUCAAUUAUUAAAUAUUAUUAAAAAUAAUAAAGAUAAAGUUACUGAAGAUUUUAAAUGGGGUGACGAAGUCGAAUAUAUAUUAAUAAAUAAUGAUAAUUAUAAAUUAAAAUUAAGAGCAAAUGAAAUAUUAGAUUUAUUAAUGUUGGAGGAAAAGAGAAAUCCAACAACAGUUGAACAUUUAUGGAGACCAGAGUAUGGUAGAUUUAUGAUAGAGGGUACACCAGGAUCACCAUAUAUUGGGUUGGGUAAACAAUUAUUAAGCAUUCAAAGUAAUUUAAAGAGUAGAAGAGAAAAUGUUGAAAAGUAUUUAAAGCCAAACGAAUCUAUAUUGACCAUUACUUCAUACCCAAGAAUGGGAUGUAAAAAUUUCACAGAUCCACAAGGUGAAGUUAAAGGACCAAUAGCAGAAUCUAAAUUCUUACCAGACACAGUGAUUAAUCCACAUUUUAGAUUUAGUACAUUAACAGCCAACAUUAGAAAACGUAGAGGUGGCACAGUUUCAAUCAAUAUUCCAAUGUAUAGAGAUAAGAACACUCCAGAAUAUUUAGACCAAAUUUGCACCUAUGAAAAAGUUCCACCAAUCUUGGACGACAGUGACAAUAGUCAAACUAAUAUUUCAUCACCAUCAAACCAACCAUUCAAUAUCUACAUGGAUGCAAUGGGAUUUGGUAUGGGUUGUUGCUGUCUUCAAACUACUUUCCAAUUACCAAACAUUGAUGAUGCUAGAACAGUCUACGAUCAAUUAGCUCCAAUCUCACCUCUAAUGUUAUCUCUUACUGCUGCCUCUUCAAUCUUUAAAGGUUAUUUAUCCGAUAUUGAUGCUCGUUGGACUAUAAUUUCACAAUCUGUUGAUGAUCGUAAUAAAGAAGAGUUAGGUAAAGCUCCAUUAAAUAAUAAUAAAUUUGUAAUUAAUAAAUCAAGAUAUGAUUCAAUUGAUAGUUAUAUUGGCUCAAAGAGUAAAUCAUUUAGAAGUGAAUAUAACGAUUUAGAUUUAGUGUAUGAUAAAGAUGUUUAUCAAAAAUUAAUAGAGAAUGGUGUAGAUUCAUUAUUAUCAAAACAUUUUGCACAUUUAUUCAUUCGUGAUCCAUUGGUAAUUUAUUCAGAUAAAAUUGAAAUCGAUGAUGAAAAGAAUACAGAUCACUUUGAGAAUAUUCAAUCAACCAAUUGGCAAACUGUUCGUUUCAAACCACCACCACCAUCAAGUUCAAUCGGUUGGAGAGUUGAAUUACGUCCAAUGGAGGUACAAUUAACUGAUUUUCAAAAUUCUGCUUUUGUAGUUUUCUCUGCUAUUUUGGUAAAAGCAAUUCAAGAUUUGAAAUUAAAUUUCUAUAUUCCAAUUACAAAAGUUGAUGAAAAUUUAAAAACUGCUCAUAAAAGAGCUUCAGUUAUAAAUGAUAAAUUUUAUUUUAGAAAAAAUAUUUAUAAUAAUACACCAAAUGGUUCAAUUGAAAAUGAAUAUGAAUUAAUGACAAUUAAUGAAAUUUUCAAUGGUAAAGGUGGUGAUAAUAAAGGUUUAAUUGGUGUUAUUAGAGAUUAUAUUUCAACAUUAGACUUUGAUAAUGAAACAACCGAAUUGGUUAAUAAAUAUAUUAAAUUCAUUUCAAAGAGAGCAUCUGGUGAAAUUAAAUCAAUCUCAACUUGGACAAGAGAAUUUGUUCAAAAUCAUCCAGCCUACAAUCAUGAUUCCAUCGUAAAUGAUGAAAUUCAAGCUGAUUAUCUUCAACGUUGUUUAGAUAUUUCAAAUGGUACCAUUUAUGAUAGUUCAAUUCAAGGCGAUAAAGAUGAUUAUUAUUGUUAA